AUGAAUGACGAUGUUUUGUUAAAAAAACCCACUUGUUUUCUUAUUUGUGGAAAGCCUGGAUGUGGAAAAUCAACCCUGGCUGAGAAAUUAUGUAAAGAAUGGAAUUGCAUUCACAUCAAUGCGGUUGAAGCACUCAAGUCAGAAAUAUCAAAGGGAAUCCAAGAUGAACUUUUGAUUAAAUUAUUCCAGGGAACUGAUGUGUCUGAAGAAAAUAUUUUACCUCUUGUGAAAAACAUAGUAGAUAGUCCAUUGGUCCAGCAUUAUGGUUAUGUUUUAGAUGGACUACCACUGGUUUCUUACCAUCAUUUGUCAUUUUGUGAGCAGUUUGAUGUUAUGAACUCUUGGAAAUUGAAACCUGAUUGUAUUAUCUACCUGAAGGUGCCUGAUGUUGAUCUUAUUAGACGUCAUAGUAAGCAGUAUUUAAACACACUAGAUGGCUCCAGUGUAAUUAUUAGGGAUGAGUAUAUGCCUAUGAAGUUACCGCUGGAUGGACAAACUACUAGAAAAUCCGUUGAAAAUAGAGAUGACCGUAAUCACGACAAUGAAGAAAAUGAUAAUGGUAGUGAAGAGUUAGAUUCAUCAGAAGUAAAAACUUUAUGUGUAAACCCUUUUCCUGACUUGGUUCAUCAACCAGAAGAUUUUGAAGAAAAUGUAAGAGCAGAAUUACACGAGUUUAAUGACAAGGUUCUGUAUGAAAUAGAGAACAUGAUUACCAAACACGAUAAACAGUAUGUGCUUGAAAUAGAUGGGAAUAUGGAUCCUGAGGAGAUGUUUGCACUGUUAAUGAGCUGGUUAGACACACUGUCACCUACAAGACCUCCAGUGCCUCGUAAAUUGUGGAACCAAGCUGCUCAAGGCCCAUUUCCAGAAGAAGCUGAUGCAGAGGAAACUCUAAUUCUACUCAAGGAAAAUGGAGCUGUUGAUCAAGCUCAUGAAUGGCACUGUUCUAGUUGGGGAUUAUACUGCCCUGUAGCAUUAUGCCAAGGAAAAAUUAAACAAGGCAAAGGAGAUUAUGGUGUGGGUUUUCUUGAUAAGAUUUUCCUGUUGUCAUCUGAAGAAGCCUUGAAUCUUUUCCUCAUCAACCCUCGACCUUUCCUUUUACCUCCAAACCCACAGUUUCCAUGCAAAUUAUUUGUUAUUGGACCACCAUGCUCUGGUCGUAGUACUCUUUCUCAUUCUUUGGCCAAGAAAUUUGGAGCUGAGGUUAUCAAUGUGGAAACUAUGGUGACUGAUAUUGUGGCUGAAAAAAAUAGAAAAAAAGAUUUUACUUCAGAGAGUAAUGAGGAUGUUGUUAAUAGGGACGAAAAAGAUGUGCUGGAAACUGAUGCUGACACUGAAGAUGUCAGACAAGACCCAGAUUUCCAAGUGGAAGAUAUUGAUUUCUCAGAUGUUUUAUCAGCUCUUCAGUAUGAAAUAACGGUAGCUGAAAGGAAUGGAUUGUUUAAUAAUGGAUUUUUUGAAAGAGUCGGUGGUUGGGUGGUUGACAAUUUGCCAGAGGAUAUAGAGUUCUGGAAUCUGUUGAACGAACUAGACGUACUACCUUUCAAGGUAAUUUGUCUGGAGGACACAAGUGAAAAUUACACUGCAUUUUUGUCUUUCUGGUCAAAAGAAAAUGAUAAGAGCUCUGAAGAUGAGAGAAAGCUUCAAACUCGCAUUAAGCAGUUUGAAAGUGCAUACCAAAACAUUUCAGAAGUACUAGAACAUGUGGGUUUGGAGCCUCUGCAGAUAGAUGUUUUUGGAAAAGAUCCUGUUACUGUCUUGGAAACUGUUAUGCUUAAACUUCAGGAAACCUUUGAGUACAAAGCUAAGGUGGUUGGAGCUGAAGAUGAAAACUUAGAAGAUUCUAGCUGUGAUGAUGAUGGUGGUAUCUCCUUGACUGAUGCUCAGAUGGCAUCACUUGGUCCUACCAAACUAUUCUGUCCUGUUACACUGAGGGAGAAGUUUGUUUUAUGCCAAGGAGAGUCAGAGUUUAGAGCUACAUAUCAAGGUUUUCUGUACUUCUUUAACUCUAAAGAGCAGAGAGACAAAUUUUUGGAAAAUCCUGAGGAAUAUUCUUGGCUAAAUGAGAGCCCUAAGAUUCCACCACUGAGAGUCUGUGUGAUUGGAACUGAGGGGUCUGGAAAACAAGACCAUUGUAAAAGAAUUUCAGAAAACUUUGGGGCUUUAUAUGUUAACUUUAUUGAAUUUUGGCAGGAGACUGUAAAGAAAGUCACAGGAAAAAGGACUGUUCAUUGGACCAGUUUAUCAGUGAAAGGCAGCAAAGAAACAUUCAUUGAAGAUGAUACAUUUAUUUUAAAAGAAAAACAGGUUUCUGAUGAGCUUGAAGCAGAUACUGAAGAGACUGAAGAAAAUACCUUUGAAGAUAACCUGAAUGGUAGUAUUGAAGAUGUCGAACACUUUUUCCAAGAGGCUGAUGCUAAUCUUCCUCAUAGUUCCCUUCAGAUUGUGAGAAAAUGGUGGAUGGAUGAGCCUUUUAAGACCCAAGGUUUUGUUCUACAAUCCUUUCCUAAUGACAUCAGUGAUGUGAAGUACAUGCUUCAAGAAGCCUGGUGUCCAGAUGUUAUCUUGUAUCUGAAAACUGAUGUAAAAGUUACUGUUAAACAGCGACUGCCAAAUCUUCUUGAGGAAUGGAAAAAGAGAAGACAACAGGAUCAAGAAAGAAAGUUUCUGAAAAACAAAAAAAUUCCUUUGAUUGAGAUUCAAAGUGGCCUUAAUUUAAAGAAAACUACCAGAGGAGUAAACAAAACAAUUAAUGAAAUUAUAAGGAAACGAUCUAAUAUUUUCGCAAAUGUAUACAGAAUUUCAUUGGAAAGUGCCAAGUCUUUACUUCAGGUUGGGUACAAAACACUGAGCUACUUUCAUCGGUGGUGCCCUGUUCAGGUUUUUGUUGGAGAUCCAAUUAUUCCAUUCCAAAAUAUCAUACACUUAAAACCUGAACAGACAUCAGAGACCUAUCCUGUAGUACUAGGAAAACACAUCUUUUUUCUAUCUAACUUAGAGGCAGUUAGUGAGUUUAUGGCAGAUCCUCAGAACUAUCUGUUAGAAUCAGUGGGACCACCUGUAAGAAUUUGUGCAGCUGUUGUUGGACCUCCCAAAUCUGGUAAAACAACAUUGGCACAGAAGUUUGAGAAAAUGUACAAGACAUCUAGUUUGUCACUUGGCAAUUGUGUUGAAUAUAUUUUAAACCAUCAUCCUAACACUUAUCUUGCACUCCAACUGAAACAGCACCUUUGCAAAGGAUUGACUGUUUCAGAUGAGCUGGCUGUCAUGGCCUUAGAGGAAACACUGAUGGGAAAGCACAGUACUGUUCGAGGGUAUGUGCUUGAUGGAUUUCCUAUGACUCAGAAACAAGCUCAGUUAAUGUCAGGUCGACAUAUUAUUCCAUUUCUUGUGAUAGAGCUUCAACUUUCUAGAAAUAUAGCUUUGUACAGAAUGGACCGUGAAACUAACAAACUAUCAAAUCUCAAAUUACCUGUGCUUCUUGAGCCUUACAUAUUAUCUGUAUAUUAUGACCAGUGGGAGAAAGAAAGAGAAAAAAUGUAUCAAUGGUUUAAUGUUCAGUACCAUAACUGGGUGACACUCAAUGCAAGUUUCUCAAUGUGGCGAGUGUGGCAUGAUGCUCGAUAUUUCAUGUUCAAUAUUGUGAAGCAUAUUCAAGAAUAUCUAGUCAGGAUUCGAGAAGGACUUGCUGCUUCAAUCUUUCACUUAUGCGUGACUCCAACUCAAUUAAAUGAACGUCUUGGAGAGAGCAGACACUAUUGCCUUGUUUCACUGUGCAAAGGUGAACUUUUGGAUUGUUCUGGAGAUGAAGAACAGAAGUAUGUGGCAGAGUACAAGGAGAAAUAUUAUAGAUUUUCCUCAGAAGAAACACUGAAAGAGUUUUUAGAUAAUCCAGAAAUAUUUGUGUCUAAGUUACAUGCCAAGACGGUCUCUCUUCCAGAUGAGCUACCACAAUGCUGUAGUCCUAAUGAAGUGGAGAAAUUAUGCACAGAAAUAGCUUUUAGGGGAGCUUGCCCAGUCACAUAUGUUACUGGAAAUAAUAGGUAUCAAAAGGAGUACAUUCCACUGUUACUCAGAUCUGUCUGCUUGGUCAGUCCAGCCUUCUGUACCAUCAUCAGGCUCACACUUAAUGAAUUAAAAGGUAUGAGUGCAAGAAUAUUAUCUCUGCAUUUCUACUUUUCCACCCAAAAGAUCAUUAUAUAUAUAUAUGUAUAUCAUUUAAACUUCUUUCUGUGGUAUAGGGAUGAAGCUUUAGUGAAAGGAAGCAUCAAAUUUGCUGCAAAAUAUAUUGGGAAGAUAUACUUAAUGGAAUCUGAGAGUAAACUUCAGGAAUUCCUCAAGUUUCCAAGCUUGUACGGGAAAGCAAUGCUUCCCAGUGAAUUUUCUUUCCCUCAAGAACCAUUGGAUCCAAACUCACUGUCAAAUGCGGACUAUCUGAAACAGAUAUUUUCUGAUAUAUUGAUUAAGACUAUGACUUCCCUUACCAGCUCAAAACCAGUUUUCCCUCAUUUGGGAGCCAAAGCUUCAGCACUUGUUUAUCUGGCUUGGAGUCUGAAAACUUCCAAUCUCAAACUGUCAGAAUUCUCCAGACAGAAGUAUAGAAAUAAAUUACAAGAAUUUUGUGAUGCUAGCAAGUUAAUUCCCACAAUCUCAGAUAAAAUGAGCAUUGAGACUCCAAUGCCUUGGGAAAUACCAGCAGAUUUUGAAUACAAGUUGGAAACGUUUCUCAAGUUGAGAAAUUCAAACUAUCGUAAUAAAUUUUUUGAACUUUAAAAACGGCGUAACUGCUGUUUAAAUAUUCUUUUCUUAUGUUAUACAUGUAGAUGUUCUUAAAAGGCAAAGUUUUUCUUAUUUUUGAGAAUUUCAACAUUUUCAGUCAAAUUAUAUUUUCAG